GACAAACUAAAAAACGAAAAAAAACUUGUUUUCCAUUUCCAAUCAUUUGCUUUAAGUUGCAACAAAGAGUAUUUAAUUAAUUACUAUUUUUACUACGCAAAUUAGUAUUUAAAAUUUAUAUUACUUUUAAGUUUCACUUUUAAGUACAAACACGUAAUUCCUUACGUUCGAAAAAAACGAAAAAAUGGUUUGUGUACCGUGUUUCAUCAUUCCAGUGCUAUUAUUUUUGUGGCACAAAUUCGUUCAGCCUUACGUGCUCCGUUUCUGGAACCCAUGGGCUGUGAAGGACGCUGAUGGAAAUGAGAAGACCGAAUUCCCCUUCAAAUGUGAAGGUGGUGUCUGCGCCUUUAGAAGGAAACCUGAUGGAAAUAAGACAGAUGCUGUGCAAAAAGAUAACCCUGAAGCAGAAGCUCUCCAAAAAGAUUCUCUUGAAGUAAAACAUGAUGGACGACUCAAGUCUGAAUAACGUCAGUUACCAAAUGUUAAAAUUCCAGAGUUGUAAUAUUUUACUGAGGAUUAGCAUUGUUUCUAUGAGAACCUUGAUUUUUUAUUAAGUCUUUAUUUCCUUAUGUUCAAGGUUUUUAGUAAACGACUUUUUAUUCUAGUUAAGUAUUAUAUAUUGUUGAAAAUUUAUUUUUCAUUUACAUUAUGGUUAUCAUGACUAUGCAAUUAAAAAGAGCUAAGGAGAUGUAAAAUAAUUUAUUGUAAUUUAACACAAGUGGACUGUGUUUAUGGGCAAAACUUUGCAAUGUUGAAGUUUAAAUAUAAUGGUCAAAUAUGGGUAAGAUUUGUUUAAUUUACCAAAAAUGAAUGAUCACAUAAAUAAUGAUCACUUAAAUAAAUAUUUGUCAAGUAAUUUUUUCUAAACAAUAUUGUCUCCUUUAAAUUUAAUUAGUGCAUUUUUAUUAACAUUAAAUAAUUGCAUUUUAAUACACAGUGACAAGACAAUAUGAAACCAAGUUGAUUAAUGAUUAUCCACUAACUACAAAAUGCAUUUUAUGCACAACUCACACUAGUCAUCCUUAUAAAUAAAGUGUGUGCCCACCAUAACACUAUAAUAAAUAGUUGAUACUAAAAUAAAGAAAAUAUAUUUUAAAGUAUAUCAAUGUGCUGAUGCACGUUGGGGAUCCCAAGGUGCUGGAAUGGUGACCCUGCACUAGAGAAUGCAGUUUUGGUAGAAUGACGUCAUCAAGCAGGAUGCUGGAUGCAGGAGGCUCAGAACCGUGUUGUUUGGAAGUCCCUACAAAAGGCCUAUGUCCUAAUGUGGAUGUCCAUCGGCUGAUAAUGAUGAUGACUGUAAACAUGUGUUUUAGUAAAUAUACUUAUUAGUGAUAGAUUGAGGGUCAUAGCACACCUACCAACUCAGAAAAGAUUGACAGUUGGCAUCCUUUCACUUUUCAUUCAUGAGAUUGGCAAGGUUUACAUUACAAUAAGUAUGCUGUGACCCUAGUAUAGCAAUGCCAUUGCUGACCUGUUUUGAAGGUCCACUUUUUGCUAUAGAUUUACAUUGCCAUUUUUUUUUUCAAUUCAUCAACAAUACUCUGGUAUAUUCUUUGUUUUAGAGAACCCCUUUCACUACAUUCCGUAAGCUACAAUUUUGUUAAAAAACAUCAAAAAAUGUUUCAACUCAAACAAACAAUCUUAAUUAUGAAUUUCUAUUUUUAAUUAAGAAAAGUUUAAUCAAGUUCUGUAUUAGUUUAUUUUUUAGGAAAAAAAACAGUUAUUUCACUGGAAUAUUUAUUUUAUUUACUUAUUGGUAAUAACAUUUAAAAUUUUACAAAGUAAUAAAGGUAUGUAGCUAGAUUA